GAAUAGGACAACAUAACUGCAAUACUGCAGUCUCCUGCUUUCUGUUCUAAAGAAAGCAAUAUUUCUACUGUUUAAAUCUGUGAGUAAUAAUGUUUUCAUUGAGGACAAUUACGGACAUCUUUGUACUAGUCUUCCCGGAUUUUGGAAAAAAGCCAGCUUGGCAAACAGGAAGAAAAAAAAGGGACAGUACUGAAAAUAUCUAGUCUGGGACAGUCUUACCGUCACUGCACAGCAGAUUUGGACAACAGCAAAGUUACACAGACAACUGUGCCUGGUCGUCUUCAUGAGCCUGAAGAGUAACUGUAGGUGCUUAUGCUGAUGACAGACACAAUAACAGUUUACUCAGACGAAUUACUGCUUGAAAAACUUCCAGUACAAAGUUAUCUAAAGACUUAAAAAUGCCUCCACGACCAUCAUCUGGUGAACUAUGGGGCAUCCACUUGAUGCCACCGAGGAUCCUUGUUGAGUGUCUUCUCCCAAAUGGAAUGAUAGUGACUCUAGAAUGCCUCCGUGAGGCCACCUUACUAACUAUUAAACAUGAACUCUUUAAAGAAGCAAGAAAAUAUCCCCUCUAUCAGCUCCUUCAAGAUGAAUCUUCUUACAUUUUUGUAAGUGUUACACAAGAAGCAGAAAGAGAAGAAUUUUUUGAUGAAACACGGAGACUUUGUGACCUGCGACUAUUUCAGCCUUUUCUAAAAGUCAUUGAACCAGUAGGUAACAGAGAAGAAAAGAUACUUAAUAGAGAAAUAGGUUUUGCAAUUGGCAUGCCUGUCUGUGAAUUUGACAUGGUUAAGGAUCCAGAAGUACAAGACUUCAGAAGAAAUAUUCUCAAUGUUUGUAAAGAAGCAGUGGAUCUUCGAGAUGCUAAUGCACCACAUAGUAGAGCGUUAUAUGUCUGUCCUCCAAAUGUUGAGUCUUCACCUGAACUACCCAAACACAUAUACAAUAAGCUAGAUAAAGGGCAAAUUAUAGUGGUGAUAUGGGUAAUAGUCUCACCAAACAAUGAUAAGCAGAAAUACACCUUAAAAAUCAAUCAUGACUAUGUGCCUGAGCAAGUUAUUGCUGAAGCAAUUAGGAAGAAAACACGAAGCAUGUUGUUGUCAUCUGAACAACUGAAACUUUGCGUCUUGGAGUACCAGGGCAAAUAUAUUUUGAAAGUGUGUGGCUGUGAUGAAUACUUGCUAGAAAAAUACCCACUGAGCCAGUAUAAGUAUAUAAGAAGCUGUAUAAUGCUUGGUCGCAUGCCCAAUCUGAUGCUGAUGGCUAAGGAAAGCCUGUAUACCCAGUUGCCACUGGACACCUUUACAAUGCCGUCUUAUUCCAGGCGUAUCUCUACAGCUACACCCUACAUGAAUGGAGAAGCUACAGCCAAAUCCCUCUGGACUAUCAAUAGUGCUCUCAGAAUAAGAAUCCUCUGUGCAACCUAUGUAAAUGUGAACAUUAGAGACAUAGACAAGAUCUAUGUUAGAACAGGUAUCUACCAUGGAGGGGAACCUUUGUGUGACAAUGUGAAUACUCAAAGGGUACCUUGUUCUAAUCCCAGGUGGAAUGAAUGGCUGUUGUAUGACAUGUACAUUCCUGAUCUUCCACGUGCUGCUCGGCUCUGCCUUUCCAUCUGUUCUGUUAAAGGCCGGAAGGGUGCUAAAGAGGAGCACUGUCCGUUAGCUUGGGGAAAUAUAAACAUGUUUGAUUAUACAGACACUCUUGUAUCUGGGAAAAUGGCUUUGAAUCUUUGGGCAGUACCUCAUGGGCUGGAGGAUUUGUUGAAUCCUAUUGGUGUUACUGGAUCAAAUCCGAAUAAGGAAACUCCAUGUUUAGAGCUGGAAUUUGAUUGGUUUAGCAAUCCUGUAAAGUUUCCAGAUAUGACGGUGAUUGAAGACCAUGCCAAUUGGACUAUCUCACGUGAACUGGGGUUUAACUACAGCUACGCGGGGCUGAGUAACAGAAUAGCUAGAGAUAAUGAAUUAAGAGAAAGUGACAAGGAGCAGCUGCGAGCCAUAUGCACGCGAGAUCCUUUGUCUGAAAUCACUGAGCAAGAGAAGGACUUCCUCUGGAGCCACAGACACUAUUGCGUGAAUACUCCGGAAAUUCUGCCCAAAUUACUUUUGUCUGUUAAAUGGAAUUCUAGAGAUGAAGUGGCCCAGACUUCUUGUCCACAGAUGUACUGUUUGGUAAAAGAUUGGCCUCCGAUCAAGCCAGAGCAAGCGAUGGAGCUUUUGGACUGUAAUUAUCCAGAUCCAAUGGUGCGAGCUUUUGCAGUUCGGUGUCUAGAGAAGUACUUGACAGAUGACAAACUGUCUCAGUACUUAAUCCAGCUAGUACAGGUUCUGAAAUAUGAACAAUAUUUAGAUAAUCAGCUUGUGAGAUUUUUACUCAAGAAGGCACUGACCAAUCAAAGGAUAGGACACUUCUUCUUUUGGCAUUUAAAGUCUGAAAUGCACAAUAAAACUGUAAGUCAGAGGUUUGGUUUACUUCUGGAGUCCUAUUGUCGAGCAUGUGGAAUGUACCUAAAGCAUCUGAGCAGGCAGGUGGAGGCUAUGGAGAAGUUGAUUAACCUCACAGACAUUCUCAAGCAGGAAAAAAAAGAUGAGACCCAGAAGGUACAGAUGAAGUUUCUUGUUGAACAAAUGAGACGGCCAGAUUUUAUGGAUGCUUUACAAGGUUUUAUCUCUCCUCUUAAUCCUGCGCAUCAACUGGGAAAUCUUCGGCUUGAGGAGUGCAGGAUAAUGUCAUCUGCAAAAAGACCGCUGUGGUUGAACUGGGAAAACCCAGAUAUUAUGUCUGAAUUGUUAUUUCAGAACAAUGAGAUAAUCUUUAAAAAUGGAGAUGACUUGCGUCAGGACAUGCUGACACUUCAGAUAAUUAGAAUUAUGGAAAACAUCUGGCAAAAUCAGGGUCUUGAUCUAAGGAUGUUGCCUUAUGGUUGUUUGUCUAUUGGUGACUGUGUGGGGCUCAUUGAGGUAGUGAGGAGCUCUCAUACCAUCAUGCAGAUUCAGUGUAAAGGAGGUUUGAAAGGAGCAUUGCAGUUCAACAGCCAUACAUUGCAUCAGUGGCUCAAGGACAAGAACAAAGGAGAAAUGUAUGAUGCAGCUAUUGACUUGUUUACACGUUCUUGUGCCGGCUACUGUGUUGCUACCUUUAUUCUGGGCAUUGGUGAUCGCCACAAUAGUAACAUCAUGGUAAAAGAUGAUGGACAACUGUUUCACAUUGACUUUGGGCACUUCCUUGAUCACAAGAAGAAGAAAUUUGGUUAUAAGAGAGAGCGUGUGCCAUUUGUCUUAACACAGGACUUUUUAAUAGUGAUUAGUAAAGGAGCCCAAGAAUGUACUAAAACAAGGGAGUUUGAAAGGUUUCAGGAGAUGUGUUAUAAGGCUUACCUAGCAAUUCGGCAGCAUGCCAAUCUCUUCAUAAAUCUUUUCUCCAUGAUGCUUGGCUCAGGAAUGCCAGAACUGCAGUCCUUUGAUGAUAUUGCAUACAUUAGAAAGACCCUUGCAUUGGACAAAACGGAGCAGGAAGCUCUUGAGUAUUUCAUGAAGCAAAUGAAUGAUGCUCACCAUGGUGGCUGGACAACAAAAAUGGACUGGAUCUUCCACACAAUAAAGCAACAUGCUUUGAACUGAAAUGAAAGCAAAGCAAACAAGAACUGAUAGCCCGCUUUGUGGGUACUGCACUGUUAAUACCCAUUAGCAGCAAAGACUGGUUGCAUAGGAAUUGCACAAACCAUGAACAACAUUAACAUUUAUGGCAAGAAGAGAGAAGAACUGUUCAGACAACUGUCAAAAUAAUGUAAAACAGGGUUUCAGAUAGCACUAAAAUUGUACACUUAAGGAAUUAAGCUUUAGUAUGAUGUGUGACUUCAUGUUAUGCCUUAAGCCCAAAAAGGUAAACUUGGAAGAAUGUUUCCUUUUUUCAUGUGAUAGGAUAAAUUAGAAGGAAGAAGAAAAUAACGCUAGCAUGAACAUAGUCCAUCACACAUUACCUUAGACGUGGUACAGCAGAUAGAGACUAUGCUGGAUUGAGAAGAGCGGAAAGAGAAUUCGAGUGAUAGUGAAUAUUUAAAUGCAGCAUAGUUUGAAGGGAAGGAGUUCUAGGCUCCAAGAUCUAAAAACAUUAGUGAGAGGACAGUGCCUUUUAAAUGUGCUCAGAGGCAUUAACACUGACGGGGUUUAGAUGACCCUUUGAUUUCUGGGUCCGUCACCUGCACAGUUUCUGAAAGCAGUAGGAAAUAGGCCCAUUCAGUAUGGUGCUUCUUCUGCUCAGUAUUUCUAGGGGUGCAAUUCACAUGUUCACAAAAACUCCCUAUCAUCCCCAAAAACUGACUAACCUGGAAAUUGAAUGGUCAGAAUUGGGUUUAGUGCAACAGAGUUGUAGUGUUCAUCUUAGGUUUGCUUUAAUCUAACUUGAACUGAAUAGAUUUUUUUCAUACAUGUUUUCCAGAACCUAAAGAAAGGUGAGUUAUUAAAAUUAUUGAAAGAUUAUUUUUUUAUAAAGGCUAUUUAUAUAAUAGGAACUAUUAUUAAUAUAUAUUCUUUAUUUACAUGAUUUGUCCAAUAUUCACUCUUUUAAUUUUGCAGCCCAGUUCUAUCUGUCCAAGACUCCCGUUUCCAUUAACGUCACUGAAGGUGACCAGAUAUACUCCUAGGACCAAAUUCAACCCUGGUGAAAGAGGACACAAGUACCAUUGAAGUAGUGGGAGACACCCCCACUAACGCCAGAGGUGAACUUGGCCUGAGUGUCUUCAAAAAAUUUUUGGGUAUCACUCUUCACAUUACUGAAGUGAUAUGCUGGCUAUUCAAGGAACGUACAUUUAAACCCUCAGUCUUUGGGUCCACCAUUUCUCCUCUUUCUUCCUCCUUUGGAAGUGGUUGUUUAAUCCAGUAACAGAUACAUCAGAAAGAGCAAUUAAGAUUUUCAAUAUGAUAAAUAAUAAGCAGCUCAACAUACAGCAGAUACGUUGGCUAGCUCAAAGCAUGUGGAGUUACCAAACAUUUUGUAGCUUUGUCUGUAUUGUGUGUGUGUAAUAUAUAUAUUUGUAAAUGUAGUUGUUGUCCUCUAACACAAUUACAAUGCGUGCAAUCCAUUAAAUUGGCACCACUUUUUGAAACUGCUCAGAGUACCAAGGAUUUCAGAUUGCCCUUAUGCACAACUUCAGGUAGGACUGUUUUUUCUAAUAAUUAAACAGGAUUUUUAAUUGGUGAAGCCCAUGAUUCUGAGGGUGAGGUUAACCCUAACAUUCUAAACUUGCUAGGUUGGUAGCACUUGGAGAGAAUUCCAAAGGUCUGGAGCUUUCAGGGGUUCAGCUUGUUCAAUUGCAAACGCGCACCAAGGUGCCACUCAGAAAGUGCAAUACCAUGUGUAAUAUAAAAUAUGCUGACAGUUGGUGUUAGAUUAGAAUAUAAAUAUAUAAAUAAACUGUACUUUGUGCAGGCUGUACUGAUGAGGUAAGGAGUGGUUGGCUUCAUUUAGCAAAUUGUAAUAUAUUAAAAAUGUGCAAUCAAUUACAUUAUGAAAGACUUUGGGGAUUGUAAAGCCAAGACUUUGGUCUUUCAAGACACUUUCAUAGUCGAGAUCCUGCAGUUGAUUACUGCACACACGGAUACUUGAUGCUGUGGAGGGAAACCUGUUUUUGUGAAAACUACAGAAGUUCCAAGAAUAGUAUAGGGAAUGUGAACUUUUAUUUCCUUGGCUCUAUUAAAUACUUUUGGAGUACUCCAAUAGACUGCCCAUUACUCUUUUAGACUGUUACAUAUUCCUUUGUUCAUACAAAUAUUUUAACUCCUGCUAUAUAAUAAUACCCUUGUAUGUAUUACUUUGCAGUCAACACUAACGAUUUAGCUCUUCUAAAAUAUGGCUUAGUUUCAAUUUAAAUUUAGUUCACAAUCUGAAAGCCUGUUGGCUGUAACUUAAUUUAACUGAGUAAAACUGUUGCACAAAUGCCACAUUGGGUGCUAUAUUACAUUAUUUAUCUGGUAUUGAAACAAUGCUUUACCUCGUUUAUCUAAGAGACUGUCAGCCUUUUCCAGCCUGGAUGAAAAGUUCAACUUGGAUUUCUUGGAUGUUAUGAGCCCAGUGUCCUUUGUACUUUUUGCCCCUUUCUAGCCAUUUACUUCUGUAAAUACGAGUAUAAACGUCUCUCAGUUCAAGCAUAGUGUUCUGCACCUUUUUUUGUGCAAAUAAAGGUGUGAGGAAUCAGGCUAUGUUUCCAAAAGUUACUGCAACUAAAUGCUGUGCACAAGCUGUACAAAAUUUUAUAAAUGCCAAAUAGUAAAAGAAAGGAAACAUCAUAGCGAUACAGACAUAAUAUGGUUUGGGAUAAUGAUAGCCUUUGAAUAAAAAGAGAAGUAGGAAGAAGCUCAUGAGCUUGAAGUAGUUGUUCUUACUGUAACCAGGAUGAGCAUUUGCAAAAGAUUCUGCCAGUGCUUCAGGAAAAAAAAAUAGCCUUUUUUCAUCUUCAGAGUGUUCAACUCCAGUUACUUUAUCCUGUUACACCAGUGUUGCACUGAUGUAACUGCACUGUAGACAGUGGCGGUACUAUUUACUACAUUGGUGUAAAUGAGAGGAUGUCAUCUGUACUCAAUAUCGGGAAAAAAUCUGCUUACAGACACUGAAAGCACCUGUAUCUGAGCUCUAGGUUUUUACAGAGUUGCUUUGAAUUCGGAUUUUUAUUUUUUUAACCAUUCCCACUUCAUGGAGAGUAGAAAAUGUUCCGUUUAUUCUGAGAAUCAGCUGCACAAAACACUAAGUAGCUUAUUUUGAGCUUGAAUUGAAUCUGAACGCCUUGUUCCUGCAAAACUUUGUAGCAGGACUACCAAAGCAAGGAGCCCAGGACUGGGCCUUGUGUUUUAUUACAGAGCAUUAGGACAUGGUAGUUUAGUGACACACAAAUUUAAAACCAGUAAUUUUUUCAACUGUGAAACUGUUUUUGAUUUCAUGACAGAACAGGCUGCUGCUGAUAAGUUUUUUUCUUAAAAAUACAUUCUUUGCUUUCCUGAAGAUAGCAGAAAAAGCACCUGUACUGACUUCUGUAUGCACACGUCUCUGUUCUGAAAGGGUGCAUUAGUAGUUUUUUCAUCACUGAAACAGACUUUCAGUAUAAUUUUUAAAAUAAAAGGCAUUUAAAUAAAACCAAAAUUGUUAGUAGUUUGGUAUCUUGUGGAGAAGAUAUAAGCCUGUAUAUUAAGGGCGAUAUAGGAAUUGCCAGGCUUGUAGAGAACUUUGUAUGUGAUGACCCUGCUGUUGGUGGUUUGGAAGGUUGUUUUUGGUGUUGUGGUUUUUUUCCAACUUUCCUUUUAAUGUAAAAUAUUAAAUGCCCUUCAGCGGUCAGUAGCCCAUGUUUGUUGACAAUUUGAAGGUAUUUUCUUUGCUUUGUCAUUUUAUAACUGGCAUGUUCCAAUGUCUGUUCUUAAUAAUUGUGAAUUCCUCCUGUUUUGCAUGUCUGUACAGGUUGCAGACCCGGGCUGGACCCAUUCAAAAACGAAUAUCAAAAAAGCCACUUGAAAUUACUAUUUUGAUGUCUUUGACAUCUUGAAAAUGCUUCAAGUUAAUGAAAAUGGUGUGGUAUUACAGAAAGAAUUGUAACUUGCUGCUUCUAAGAUUAUUUUCUUUUAAACUGCUAUUAUCUUGUUGUAGUUUUACUUGAAUGGAACAAGAACCACAGUUUUUUUUAAUACUGUAUAGCUGUGGAUGUUGCAGACUGUUGAAUCCCAGUUUAAUUUUGCAAUACAUGUUUCAUACAAAUAAUGAUUUUCUUCUUUUUUUUUUUUCUCCAUGCUGAAAGUUGUCUCAGUUUAGGUAAGGCUCUAUCUGUCCAAAAUGAUGUGUAGCUCACCACCUCUGCAGUUGGUGUAGGAUUUUAUUUUUUUGGGGGGUGGGGGUGGGGUUUGUUUGUUUUAUGUUUUACAUCUGUGUUAGUCAAGGGAAGCCAACUGGAAACUGGAUAUAGAAGUUUUCUGUCUGCGUAUGCUAACCAAAUCUAUAGGUUCUCUGAUCUUGGAGAAAUUCUGAUUUCACCUUAAUGCUGAUAGAAUGCUGACUUAAUCAUGAUCACGAUGGAUUCACAACAGCAUAUGAACUCAUAAUUACACUACAUGCGUAUUAAAGUUUACUUGUAUUGAUUUGGUAUGAAAAAUGUUCUCUUAAUGAGGAACGUUACUAGCAGCCCGUUUAAACACUUGACAAUGUUACUUUGAAAUAGUCUUUAUUAAUUGGCCUUUUCAGCUCUCCAAUUCCUAACUACUGUAAUCUUGUCUGUACUUCUGGUCUUGAGACUUACAGGUUUUCUAUUGCUUGCUAGUGUAAAUGUUCCCUCUUCCUACUCUUUUUCACAGUAUAAAGACUUGUUGAACCCAUGCUUAUGAGAAACAGUUGUUCUUAAUUUGCAGUACAGUAUUCUUGACUUCUGAGCUUUAUGGGAUAGACUUUUAAAAGCAUGAGGUCUUACUGUGAUAGCACUCCUGACACUAAGCCAGAGGUGGAUCCCUCUGUCCCUGUCUCUCCCCUUCCCUCUCCAACACCCUCUCCCCUAAAAAGGGACAUGCCCAUAGCGCAAGAACAUAAAACGCUUGUCAGAGAAGAUCAAUUGAGGCAGUGCUCUGCCCGUACAUUGACGCUCGUGUGCCCACUGGUUUAUAUAAAUGUCUUCAGUUUAGGUGUCCUUGCUGUCACUUAUGUACACAAUGCAAUUUUUCUUUCAGCAUAAGGAAAGCCAAAAAUACACUGUCUUUACUGUCGCUGAAAUUCUGGUGCCAGAUCCCCAGUAGCUAUUAAACUGGUUCAGGUACUAUUUAGUUCAGGGUAAUUGCAUCAAUUUUGUUAGGAACCUGUUCCAAUAAUAAAAUUAAUCACAGUUAAACCUAAUGUAAUUGUAUUGUUGAAGUCAUAAAAAGGCCAAUUUAAGCAGAAGCUGUUUCUCCUAAGAAUCUUAUGUUGUAGUUUAGUUAAUUCUUAAGAGCCAAAGCACAGGUAUUCAUAGAUGCAAUCCUCUUUGCCUUGUUUCUUUGCUUUUUUUAGUCUAUUUCUAGGCUUCAUUAAUAGUGUUCUAUAUCCUGAAUUACCAGCUGCCCAAGGCUGUCCAGAGUUGUCUUACUGUUUCAUUUGGGAAGGGGAAAGAAAAGGAAAAGAUAGCGAUGAAUUCUCCUCUUCUGCUACAGCUGCUGCACUCCAGAUUCUUAAUUUCCUCUUGUGAAGAUAAACGUGUAAUUCAUCAUCUGGGAAUAUCAUCCUUUUCUCUUGCCCCCUCUCACUUCUGAAUAUCUGCAUAUGCUAUCAAAAUCCACUUCCCUGGCAGAGAGGAUUUAAAAUGUAUAUAGCUGCAGUCUGAUGGUCUGGAUUCUCAGGCUUGAAUUUUUGAAAGUAGUGUUGUCAUUGUAACUAGCACCACAAUUGAAAGAAUUUUCACGGAAUCACUGACGUUGGCAGAGACCUCUGGAGAUCAUCUAGUCCCGCCACCCUGUUUGAAGCAGGAUGAGAUAGAGCAGGUCGCCCAGGGCAUAAUCCAGUUGAGGUUCGGGUCUGCCCUAGUAAGAAGAGUCCACAGUUGAAGUUUUUUCUUAAUGUUUGUAUGAAAUUUCUUCUAUUUGCCUAAUGCCCUUUCAGUGGGCAGCUCUGAGAAAAGCCUUGCCUGUUGUCUUCGCUUCUCUCCAUCACAUAUUUAUAUACAUUGACGAGAUGCUCCUUGAGCUACCUCUUCAUCUAGCUAAACAGUCUCAGCUCUCGGCCGCCUCUCCUGUUCAUCAUCUUCAUGGCCCUUGGCUGGACCCGUUCCAGUACAUCCAUGUCUGGCUUGUACUAGGGAGCCCAGCACUGGACCCAGCACUCCAGGUGUGGCCUCCCCAGUGCUGAGCAGAAGGGCAGGAUGAAGUCUCGCUUUCCUUGACCUGCUGGUGAUGCUCUUCAUAAAUCAGCUCAGGGUCAUGUUGGCAUUUUGGAUAAAUAGAGCCCAGGAGGGUGUAAUCACUUGAUGCUUAUGCCUAUCUUUGUUGAAGCUGGUAGCAGUUACAUAUCUGCAUCAAAAGGAGAGUGUAAACACCCACUGAUGCUUGAAAUAUCUCUUAAUGAGACAAUUAUCUUUGAAAUAACCACUACUGGGGAGGGGGUGGGGGGAUGUUGCCAUGUGUAUGUCAUUAUGUGAUAAAGGUCCUGUGGUAAAUAGUUAGAAAGCAAGACAUUUGUAGUAAUAAUGGGCCAAAAAAAUAUUUUAAGAUGCAGCAAGAUGCAUGUGUUGUCAUACUGAGAAUAGUCUUGCACUUACUUAAAAAGAA